CGUGUGUUCCGCGGGAGGAAGGGCAGCGGUGGAGCACAGCCCACAUCACCGCCCCGGUUUCGAUUUUUCCUUGUCUCCUCCUCCGUCCCCGCACCCCGUUGCCGUGCCCAUGUCUCGGUCGGCGGGCGAUGGCACCGCCGCGCUGGAGCGGGCCGCGGCAGAGACGCUGAAGCGGGCGGUAGAACUGGACGUGGCGUCUCGUUUCCAGGAGUCCCUGGUGUGCUACCAGGAGGGCAUCGACCUGCUCCUGCAGGUGGUGAGAGGAACGAAGGAUGAGGCAAAGAAACAGCGAUACCGGCAGAAAAUAUCCGAGUACAUGACCAGGGCUGAAGACAUAAAGAAGUAUAUUGAGAAGGAGAAGCAAGAUGGUAAAUACCAUAAGCAAAUCAGAAUAGAGGAAAAUGCAACGGGUUUUGGCUAUGAGAAGCUUUUUCUGGAGUAUCUGACUGAGAUUGUGUCUGAAGUUUGGGUGGAGGACCCCUACAUUAGGAGCGUCCAUCAGUUGUAUAAUUUCCUGCGAUUCUGCGAGAUGCUGGUUAAGGGGCCGUGCAAAGUGAGAACAAUCCACCUCCUCACUUCCUAUGAUGAAGGCAGUGGGAGGAAUCAACAGACAAGUGGCUUGGAAGAAAUCAAACAGUCACUGAGGAAUCACGGGAUAACGCUGAAUGUUGAGUUUUCGUCUUCAAUCCAUGAUCGAGAAAUUAGAUUCAACAACGGAUGGAUGAUUAAGAUUGGAAGGGGUCUGGAUUAUUUUAAGAGGCCGCAGGGUCGUUUCAGCAUUGGAUACUGUGACUUUGACUUGCGACCGUGUCAUGAAACAACAGUGGAUGUCUUUCAUACUAAACAUACAAAGAAAAUGUGAUCAACCCUAACUGCUUUUAAUGAGUGUUUUCAUAAGCAUAGAAAUGUAAAUUUGUACCACUUGGGUCCAAUUGUCCAUCAUCAGAAGAUGAUGGAAAAUCACUCCAGAACAGGUACUUGGUCCAGCACUGCUUUUACAAUCUAUAGAUUGAAGAAUAUUGUGCCUUUACAGUCUGAGAAAACACAGCUGUACAAUUUUCCCACUCUAUUUUUUUAUCCUGUAAUCUUAAAGAAUACAGCCCAGGUCUAAAUUUAAGUUUAUGGAGAAGGGGUUUUAUAACAGCCUCAGUGGCCUCUUUACUGUUAUUUUUACUGUUAAUUUUGUCUGUCUUCAGCAAAUGUUGCGGGUUUUAACUUUAACUGACCACCUCAAAAACAUCUGAAGCCGUGCUACUGUUUUAACCCACAUGACCUCUUUUCUAAGCAGCCUAUGUGUUUCCUUGAAUUGCUGCUGUUCUGCCGUUUUAGCUGAUCCCAUAAUACCUGGUUUCACUGACUACAGAUAGCCCCAAAUCUAGCAUCCCAUUCCCUAAGCUCCUUGCAUGCAAACGCUGUAGUGUUCAGUAUGCAGACAUAGUAGAAUCUUCCUCUCUGAAUGAUGGAUUUGGGGCAAAAAACAAAGAUGCAAACAAUGUUCUAGCUGUAUUAUUUUCAAUAUUGCUCAUUAUGUUCUUCCAUUCCCUGCUGUCAUGUAUCUGAUUUCUAUCCUUUGCAUUACUCCAGAGGUUGUAUAUCCCAAAACUUUCUCAUUUCUGUUUCCUUAUGGCUGUUGUAUUCCAUUAUCCCUCUUUAAGUCUUGCCUCUAACAAAACAGAUCUAUUCCAAAGCUAUCAAUGGGAAACUGCUGAUCUUUGCCCUGUUUUAUGGGCAACAGUUUGCCAACAGUUUGCGAUCUUUUUGCAUAGAGGACUCAGCUUUUCACUGCUGAAUCAGACAAAGAAUACUGUGUGCCACAGAAGCUGUAUGCUACCAGGUCCCUCCGAGCAUUCCAUAGAAAGUCCCUGUCUUCCUGCUGAGCUAAUGUGUGCUGUCACUGUCAUUGAUUUUAUUCAGUUGUAUAUAACAUGCAUAUUUUUAACGGGAAUAAAGGUUAUUUUUUAUUAUUUGUAA